UUUGGCUAUAAAUGUGUGUCUUUGUCCCUGAUACAUCUUGUACAUAUGUUAACCAUGAAAAUAAUUUACUUUACAUACGUGUUGAGUAAAAUCGUCCGUUCUCGUCUCCCCAGUGCCCUGCAUGACUGACAGGAGAUUUGGGUUGAUUUGCCCGCCCAGGAACCAAUCAGCAGCGUCUAUGGGCGGGGUCGUGGUUAACCCGACUCCACCUAAUGUAUCCAUCCAGUCGCCGUCUUUCCUACUUACUUUCUAUCCAGGUUUCGGAGCUGAGCAGAAUCGUGAUCUCCCCGUCGUCCGCAGUCGUUUGGAACAGAUCUGCAACAUUUGGACGCUGCAGCUUUUUUGUGGACCUCUAUUAUGAAAACUUUCCCAUCAGCUCUUUUGAUUUAUUUCAUUCUCAUGUUUAACCAUUUCCUUUAUUUACGACGAUAAUUAUUUUUGUCCUUUUCAUUUUUUCUACUGCUGUUAGCCUCAAUUUGUUGCUUAUCACCACCAGCGUCACCUGAAAAGGGAAAUCUUUCCAUUCCACCGCUAGUCAUUGGUCCCGCUUACUCUGCUGCUGCUGCUUUGGAUUUGAUGCAAAUAUCUGGACUCAGACAAAGGGGAUUUAUUUUUUUCUUUCUACAAUCAACACUUGUUUACUCUGAGGAAUGUAUCGCGACGGCUUUGAGAGCGCGCUCUGAGCAAAGGAGAAUAUACGCAGCGCCUGUGAAUAAACUAUGCGCCUUGGCUUUGUGGAGCGGGUCUCUUCCUGACGAUGCUGUAGACCGCGUCGGGGUCUGUGGUCCGCGUGCAUCCCCAUUGGAUUGGGAUACAAAACGAAGAAACUACCUUUUUCGUUCGGGAGAGCUUGUCGUUCGAAUAUAUUUUUGGGACAAGUGUAUUUAUUUUGACAAAAAGCGUGCUUCUCCCCGGAGGCACACCAAACAGUCAAAACAUGGGGGACUCGAUGUGGAGAUAUUAUUUUGGAGUUCUCUUUUUUGUCUUCAAAGUACACUUGUGUCGGGCGCUCAUCUUGGAGUCCAUUUAUUGGAACACAACAAAUACCAAAUUUGUGCCAGGACAAGGUGUGGUACUUUACCCUCAGAUUGGGGAUAAAUUGGACAUUGUGUGCCCUCGAGUGGAUGGUGGGGUCGGUGAGGGAGUGGAGUAUUACAAGGUAUAUAUGGUGCCCAGGGAGCAGCUAGAGAGUUGCACCAUCACCAAGGCUGACACACCGCUGCUCAACUGUGUCAAACCUGACCAGGACGUAAAGUUCACCCUCAAGUUUCAGGAGUUCAGUCCCAACCUUUGGGGUUUGGAGUUCUUCAGGGGAAAAGACUAUUACAUCAUCUCAACAUCAAAUGGCACAAUGGAAGGCAUCGACAACCAAGAGGGGGGAGUAUGCAAGACCAAGUCCAUGAAGAUGAUCAUGAGAGUGGGACAAAAUCCUACUGACCCUGUUACAUCCAAAGACAAACCCACCAGGGUUCCAUACUCUCCUAAGCACCCAGACAGCAAGGACACCCACAAAAAUAAUGAAGUGCUAGAGAAGCCAGGUGCAGCAUCCAGAGAAAGCGAUGCAAACAACACAGGCGGGAAGUCAUCCAAUAUCAUCGGUUCUGGGGUGGCCAUCUUUGUCAGCAUUGCCUCAGGCAGUGUCAUCUUUAUCAUCAUCAUCAUCAUGCUGGUGCUGCUGCUUCUCAAAUACCGGCGGCGUCACCGCAAGCACUCUCCACAGCAUGCAGCUACAUUGUCUCUGAGCACGCUGGCCACGCCUAAGCGAAGUGGCAGUGGUGGAAACAAUAAUGGCUCCGAGCCCAGCGACAUCAUCAUCCCGCUCAGGACUGCAGACAGUGUCUUUUGCCCCCACUACGAGAAGGUCAGUGGCGAUUAUGGCCACCCGGUCUACAUAGUUCAAGAGAUGCCACCGCAGAGCCCUGCCAACAUAUAUUAUAAAGUUUGAAGAGGAACGUUGAAAAACACGAGACUUACUGGAUCACUGUAGAGAUUGGCGCGUUCAUGGUUUCAGCUAGCACAGCCCCCAUGCCUGCAAACAAACUCCCUCACCCUUCUUCUUUCAUUCUGCCAAGUCCUCUCCUAUGAUACUUUGUCAGUAAUAUUUUCAUUGUCAAAUUUAGAUUAUACCUACUUCCUCUGAUAUGUUCACAGCGAGUUUGACUGGGAUUGGCAGAGACCUGAGAAAUUGCUGCUGCUGCUGCUACUUCGUGGCUUUGGGCAAUAGGAAAAGGAAAAAUGGAGUGUAUCUUUGUCCAAACUUUCUCCCUUUUCUGGUUUGUGCACAAGUGGCUUGCAUGUUCGGGAGCUUGAUAUGUUAGGUCCAAGAGGUUUGAGAGAUGCAAGUGUUAUUUUUAUUUUGCUGUCAUGGAAAGGAGAGACGACUAAAUGGAUGUGAAAGAUUCAUCAUAGAGAAUGUCGGUUGGAAAAAUAAAAUUAGCUGGAAAGAUUUGAGCCUGGAAGAAAGGUAACAGAGAAGAAUUAGGCUGACCAUGAACUUACAAAGUGGCUGCCCACCCUUGAUGUUCGCUGGGUUGAAUGACAAUUUGAUUCCCCAGGCGAACAAGGAAAGGGGGAAAUAUUUUAUAACCAUCCUCUCUGGGACUUUGCUGACUGACUUGCAGAUAUCACCCAAACACCCUGUCAGCCCACCCACUACUACGCACAUCUGUCAAUUUCAACAUUUUUCUUUUGUGGAUACACCAUUUGUCCCAAUUCAUAGAUGCGUUCUCACCAAAUUCUUCUUUCAUGUUACUUGAAGGUUGUAUCCAGUGUGUAUCCUAUGUACAUUUGAUUUGAUUACGUGUGGCUUUGAUAUCCUGGUGUAGCUUUGUGCAAAUAGGAGUUUAAUUCAUCCUUUCUCAGCACAUAGUUUUUUUUUGUAAUAUUCAAAGACAAGUGGAGUAGCAAGUGUGUGUUCAAGAUGAUAGGAUGAUAUUGAGGAUGAUUGUGUGACAAGUCUAUUAAAAGACAUGCCUGAAGAGUGGAGGACUUUGUAAAAAAAAAAAAAGAGCAGCACUUUUAAGCCUGUUUUGGUACCUGCACUCUUCAUAGCAGUCCAGAGAUGGACAAUGAAAAAGAGAGAUUUGAGAUAAGCUGUAUCCUGGCAGUGUUAAUAGUAACUACUCACCUCAGCUCCCCGAAACCUGAGCUUUAAAUGGGAAAUUGUUUAGGGCAAUAAGAAAUCCAAUUUGCCUUAGUGUCGUUUUUAUUUAAUUUUUUUUUUUUUUGGAUCAGGUGAAGAAAGGUCAAGAUACAGCAGAGGUUAGCUUAGCUGCGUAAAACAGCUCUAGGUACUGUAACGUUUACUCUAAACAUCUGAAGACAGGGCAUCUCGAGCCCAAUUAAGUUUGGCCAGUGCUCACGUUUUUUUUAAAGCAGGGACAUACUCAUCCAUUGUCACUGUUCUUUCGUCAUCGUAAUUUCCAUGUCUUAGGGCUUUAAAAUUAAGUUUUACAAAGUAUACAUCAUGAAAAAUAUAGAUGAGAUUUUAUUUAUUAUAGACACAUAGAGCACAGACUGAUGUUGGUAUGGCAAGAGGUAAUAAUAUACUGUAUUAAGGUAUACGUGCACAUUAUGCAACCUAGAUAUUUUAUUAUUUGAUUAUGCUUCAAGUCCUGCAAUUUCUUAAGAUCUCCAGGGGAAGCAGGGCCAUGUGAGGGAAUUGGGACCCUUGGCUCUUAUAGAGCAGAGUAGCUGUCUCUCUUACUCGCUCAGCGUAGCAUAUACUGUAUGUCAUGAACACCCAGUGCCCCUAAUUUCCGCACACACAUCCUUCAUCUCAUCUUUGCAUGUGUACGUGUGUGACUAUUCAAUUAUUCAUGUUUCAGUGAUUCCACAAAUCUUCAGCUCACAAUCAUAUCUCUUUUCGAAGUGUAUAGCGCCCCAUCUUCCUCAUGAAUCACAUAAAAUUUCACCGAAAAGCCAAGCCUAGUAUAAUGAGGUUUGUGCCUCUAAGAGGCUACAAAAUCAGCGAAUAUGCAACUGUUAUUUAUUUUUGUAAUCAAUUCUGACACACACAUAUAUAUAUAUAUACACACACACACACGCACGCACGCACGCACACUCACACACACUAUGAAAACACCUAUGGGAAGUGUUCUUAACCACUGAAAGACGUUUCAAAUGGCAUACUGUAAAACAACAGUGUCAACAAGCCUGCUGUUAGUUUUAUUCCCCGCAUAUUAUUUCAACUCUUUUUUUGUUUUAUUGUUGUGCAACUGUUUAGCUGUGAAAAAAAUUAACAAUUAAAAUUGUAUGACAUCUGAACAGAUAUUUUGUAAAAGAUGAAAAAAGACAUAACAAAAAAUGUCUUAAGUUUCUGUGCACCUGCAGCAGAAUAUGACAAUCUUAUUAGUUUUUUGUUUUUUUUUAUCUGCCGUCUUUUUCUUGGCCUUCACUUGAAUAACACUCUCCGAACAUUGACCAGAUUUGGUAUGAAUGUGAUUAAAUGUCAUAGAUGGGCUGUCAGAGAGUCUUAUUAAGUCGGAGAGGAAAAGCACGUUAUGUUCCUGUAAAAUGCCUUGCUCGUUUGAUCACCCCUUGGUCACUUGACUCAGAAAUUUUGCACCACUCUUCUGUAGGUAAGAAACUGUAAAUACAUUAUUGUUUGUAUUGUAUAUGGAUCCUGGGUUGUUACAAUAGCCUUAUUCACCUUUUUAGGAAAUUAAAUACAAAAACUUUCAGAAAAAAAUGGAAUAAACUUCAGUACAAAAGAGCAUACUACUUUUUGGUAAAUAGCUUAUGUAAAUAUUGACGAGAACAGAAGAAGACAUUUUUAUAAACUCUUAAAGUAAAAGCUUUUGUAUAAAAUUUGAAUUUUUUGCUAUGUAUUUUAGCUAGCGCUCAAUGGAAAGUGUCCUCCCCACGCCCUUCCCUUUUGCACUGUUUCCAUAGUAAUUUGGUUUGGGAAAAAAAUUUAGCAAAUAUUUGCCAAACUGACUGCUGCAUAUUUGUGCCAUAAGUGUGUCCCAUAAAUAUUUAUUGAGUUAAUUUUUUUUUUUUUUGGGAGGGGAGCAUUUGUUUUAUUUUAUUUCAGUCCAGUUUGUCAGUAACACAGUAUUAUAUGUGAAUUGCUUUUUUGUUCUUUCAACCUUGAUUUUUUGUUGUCCUGUCAUGAUUACUAGGUGACUGUACCCCUUUUCUCCUUUCUUGUCAAGAAUGAGUUAAAGAAGUUGUGAAAAACUGAUUUUAAUGUUGAAAAUCUGAAGAAAAAAAAACAGUGAGCAUAUAUGACACAUUCCACCAGUCUGUUACAAAAUACAGUUUUUCAAUAAAAAAAAAAGUCUUUCCUAUGGA